AUUUUUGAAAGUCAAUCCGUUUCAAUCUUUAUAAUCCUUGUUUUAAAUGCAUAUUGUUUAGCGCCUGUCUCUGAGAUGCAAGGGGAGCUUGCAUCCUCUGCGAGGCUGCAGCUUACCCGAUGCGAGUUUGGGAAUGUUUUGCCGUAUUGUUUAGGAGGCACGUCGAUUACUAUGAGGAAGAUCCCUGGUGCGCAUGCUUGUCGCCCUCCCCUAGAACGCGUGUGCCCGUGUUAAGAAUAUUCUAGAUGUUUUUCUCUUGGGCAAUGCCGUUUUAAUUAUCAGGUAUAAGAAACGCAAUGAACGUGAGUUACUUCUAGUUUGAAAUUUGGUUUGGGGAGGCGGUCGAAAGUUAUACCCGCGACAAUGGAGAGCAGUGUUGUGGUGGGCUAGGGAUGGUUAGUCUAGUUAUGACCCCACCAAACCCGUUAUAAUGUUUCCCACAGCGAUUUGAACCCAUCUCUCGAAUCGUGUUGUCGCCCCAGCGGUAGUCAGCUGUCCAGGCGGCUCCCCGUGCCUGUGCCGGUGUUACACUGCUGGGAGAGGAAGGCGCGGCCCGGUAGCCUGGCUGUGGGAGACACUGUUUUAGUGGCUGCUGAAGCCGGGCUGUGGCCGCGCUCUGCACCCUCUGAGAGUGGACUGAACCAGCUCCCCUGGAGCAGCCCUAGUCUGGGUGCACACAUAUCCACGCUGAUGAAUACAGACUGAUGCAUGUGAAGCUGCCCUGCGUGACCUGGUCCCUGGCCAUGCUGACAGUGAUGUCCCCUGGUAAUCCCUUCCGUUCUCCAGCAGUGGGGGUGUAACGGGAUGCAGGACCCCAAACGAUCUACAGCACCAUGGCUGUCAUGGUCCACAUUCACUGCUUGUGUGAGGCAUGGAUUCUGUUGGUGGAUCUCUGAAUGAUGAGACGGCAGCCUCCUCACAGCUGAAUGCCCAGGCAUUGAAUCUGCUGCAGAAUGUGUAGAAAUGACGUGACUGCACAGUGAUGGAGCUGCUGCUGCCUGUCCUCCCAGCCUUCCUGACAAGAGUUGAUCAAGAGACCCAGAGGCUGAAGAGCACCCCUCUCUCUACAUGUGUAGCUGCUGCUGUGAAACCAUUCCAUGUGUAGUGCUGGACUGUGGUGCAGGAUCCAAUAUGAAACCAUGCCAUGUACAGUGCUGUGAUGCAUGAUCCAAUAUGAAACCAUGCCAUGUACAGUGCUGUGGUGCAGAAUCCAAUAUGAAACCAUGCCAUGUACAGUGCUGUGGUACAUAAUCCAAUAUGAAACCAUGCCAUGUACAGUGCUGUGAUGCAUGAUCCAAUAUGAAACCAUGCCAUGUACAGUGCUGUGAUGCAUGAUCCAAUAUGAAACCAUGCCAUGUACAGUGCUGUGAUGCAUAAUCCAAUAUGAAACCAUGCCGUGUACAGUGCUGUGGUGCCAAAUCCAAUAUGAAACCAUGCCAUGUACAGUGUUGUGAUGCAUGAUCCAAGAGCAAAACAAGCUGAUAUGGAUGUUUUAAACAUUAAAGUUGCAGGUUACAGUAUUGAGAGUCCUGUCUUGAAUGAUAAUGGUGUCCUUGUUUGUAAUGUAUUAGUAAUACGAUUGUCAGCAUGGGAUCUGUGGUCCCUGAGCAGGCAUGCUGUUUGCUGCUGUGUCUAGCCUCCAUGUAAACAGUGUACUUUGUGAUGUGGUGGUGUGAUUUGAUCUGAAAGGUUUCUGCAGUCACCUCCUUGUCCAUGCAUUUCAUCCAUUGCUCAGUGUGUUACAUUGACCCCAGUUUGUGUUGCUUUGAAAUCUGCCACUUGAUCAAUUAAAACAAAACUUCAAUUCACAAUACAACUCUAAUGAGGGGUGAGCACUGCUGACUCCCUUGCAGUGGAAGACACUCUUUCUUGCAUAUAGUAUUUAGACAGGUCUUAGGCAGGCGUUUAUGAAGAGACCUUACUGAGGUUAAGUGCAUCGUGUCAUGCUGUACUUGCUUGUACUACACGCUUGUGAGUUGAGUCAUUUUGAAUUGGAUCUGGCAGUUGUAAAGGAGUUUCCGAGGAUGAGCACAGAGAAGCAUGCACGCACCCAGCCUGCAGCGGCUGCCGUUCUCUGCGUCUAUAAUGGAGAUCUUCUAUAACACAGCUCGCCAUGGAACGAGACUGGAAGAACAAGCGGCUGGGAUUGAGCGAAAGGGAUGUGCUUCAGUUUUGUUUUUGAAUGAGGGGGCGCUCACGCUGCAUGGCACUGCGGAGGCCAAUCGGCUUGAAGACCGUUCCUCUAGCCGGGCUGUGAUUGGCUGGAAGCUGUCUACAGCUGCAAAACUUUGAGGCAAAGUUUUCAGCUUGUAAAGGAUGCGAGUGUGUAUUGUGAGGUCAGAGGAGAAUCGCGAGGGACAGGUUCGCAAUCAUCAUCAUUAACCCAAUCAACAAUGGGCUUGCAAAGCUGACCAGGUCGACUACCUACCCUGUGGACAACAGACCGAGAGCCCACUGACACGCACCCUGCCACAGGAGCCGAACAGACGCGUGGACCUUAUUUUAACGUGAGCAGCGCUUUCUGAAACCGCUAAACAGAAAAUCUGCUUAGGUAUAGCAGACAGCACACGUGUGUUAAACUCUCUAUACAAUAUCAGUAUAUUAUGCAGGGCUGUUUGAUUGCUUAGGAAUACUUUGAUUCAGAAUAAAGGCGGCGCGCUGUGGCUGUGGAUGUUGUGAACAGCGGGUGCGGAAUAAACAGUUUAAGAAGUCUGGUUUGUGAAUUAUUUUAACAUGGAGAUCAUCGUGCACGUCUGUGUGACUGCGUCCAUUCUUCUGCUGACGUGCGAGGCCAGGGGACCCCCACAGGUGACUCACCGGGUGGAGGAGAGGCAGGCGGUCAGGCUGGGCAGGACGAUCCGGCUGUCCUGCCCGGUGGAGGGAGACCCCCCUCCCCUGACCAUGUGGGUGAAGGACGGCCGUACGGUGCACAGCGGCUGGAGCCGCCACCGCAUCCUGCAGCAGGGACUCAAGAUCAAGGAGGCGGAGACGGGCGACGCUGGGGUCUACGUGUGCAGAGCUACCAACGGCUUCGGCAGCAUCACACUCAACUACACCCUGACCGUAAUCUACGACUCUGCAGCAGGGAGCAGCAGUGAACCAGUCCCUGAGGACCCGAACCCUGAGCCGGCCAGCGAGGACCCCACCGGCAUGCCCUUCGUGAAGCCGCGGUUCACUCAGCCCACCAAGAUGAGGCAGCGGGUCCUGGCGCGGCCGCUGGGCAGCUCGGUGCGACUCAAGUGCCUGGCCAGCGGCAGCCCGCGGCCCGACAUCGCCUGGGUCAAGGACGAGCGUCUCCUCCCCCCCCCGCGGGACAACCAGCGGCCGCAGUGGACACUGACCCUCAAGAACCUGAGGCCAGAGGACAGCGGCCGCUACACCUGCCACGUGUCCAACCGCGCCGGCCAGAUCAACGCCACGUACAAAGUGGACGUCGUGGAGCAGACCAAGUCCAAGCCGAUCCUGACUGGCACUCACCCGGUCAACACCACGGUAGAGUUUGGCGGCACCACCUCGUUCCAGUGCAAGGUGCACAGCGACGUCAAGCCUGUGAUUCAGUGGCUGAAGCGCGUGGACCCGGGGGCCGAGGGGCGCUACAACUCCACGCUGGAGGUGGGGGGCCAGCGCUUCGUGGUGCUGCCCACGGGGGACGUGUGGUCCCGCCCCGAUGGCUCCUACCUCAACAAGCUGAUGAUCAUCCGGGCCAAGGAGGAGGACGCCGGCAUGUACAUCUGCCUGGGAGCCAACACCAUGGGCUACAGCUUCAGGAGCGCCUACCUCACAGUGCUGCCAGACCCCCGCCGGGUGGAGAAGCCGGCGACGCCCCCCCACCUGAGCCCCGGCCUGCCCUGGCCCGUCAUCAUCGGGGUCCCAGCCACAGCGCUCCUCAUCGUGGGCACCAUCGUCCUGUGGCUGUGCCACGCCCGCCGCCGGCACAGCGCUCUGCCCCCCCGGCCCCACCGGGACCCCCCCGCAGCCACGGACAGCCCGGCCGCCACGCCCGACUACCCCACCCAGAGACUGCUCAGCACCGCCCCGGGACUCCCGAGCAAGACCUACUCCAAGGUUUACACGGACGUGCACACUCACACGCACUGCCACGCAGACGGGAAGGUGCACCAGCACCAGCAUUUCCACUACCAGUGUUAACCUGGGCUGCUCCGCACAGACCCUCCCCGCUCCCCAGGGCAGCUCCACGGCUUCAGAGUCAGGGGACUGUGUCUGGGAUCUCCACAGAGCUCAGGGUCACAUUUUUUGUUCAUUUCUACUGGUGUGAGAAGAACUCUAAAGACUAAAAAAGCAUCAGGUUGAUUCAAGACUGGAGCGAGUUUACCUUGAAUCGAAAAACAAACAAACCAAGACAGACAGACAGACAGACAGACAGACAGACAGAUAGGCGUUUAUUUUGUUUAGAAGCCUGUCAAUAUUUUUAAAAUUAUGACAUCUUUUUUUUUUUUAAACUGUUAAUUAAUAAAUUAAUAUAAGAAACCCAUAUAUAUAGGUAUAUCAGCUCCCGUUUAAACCUGGAAAUGAAACGGUGAUGUGUGAGCCGAAGACAGCCUGUUUCUAACCCAGCAUUCCUUUCCCCUCAGUGACACCGCAGUGCUGUGUCUGGUGCAGUGCGUCUUCAUGAUGGGAAUGAGCUUCACAGGGUUCAGGGAGAGAGGCGCUUGUCUGUGCUCUGCAUAUACUCCCUGUUCUGUUGAUAAGCUAAGGGAUUUGAAAUUCAAGGAAAUGGACUGACCCUAUAUGGAUCUCGAUCAGACCUGUGAAAAUGGGACAAAAGCCAUAAGUUUGUUACUAACUAAAUACCCCGGUAUCUCUGAACAGAUAAUCAUCUCCUUUUAAAAAAUAUGUGAAUAUCUGAUGAGCAAGACAUCUCACAAGUAGAACGUUCCCCCGAAAUGGUCUCCUCGUUCUAGGAAAGCAGUAGAACUGGGGACGGGGAGUUUGCUGGCAGAUAACUUCACUCAGACUGCUUGCUCUCUAAAUAUCUUGGUGUCCCUGAUUAGAUAUAUAUGUUAUUUAAAAUAUUAAAGAAAGCCAUAUUGUAUUUUUAUAUGCAUUGUUUUGUACCUGUUUGCUGAUGAUUUAAUACUGCUGGGAACAAACAGAUCAGCACUGGAGUCUGUUUUAAUAGUGAUUCAUUUCCUCUGUAUAAUGUACAGAACAAUCCCAUUGAAGAAUUGCUGCAUGCAAUGCUUAGAAUUCAGGAGGUACGUUUAGAAAAAAAUAAAAAAUACAUCUCAAA